AUGAGAUGGCUGGAUGGAGUCACUGAAGCAAAUGAAAACCAAAUACUUCACCAGCAAGAAUACUGUCAGCGUCAAAGGCAAAUAGUAGAUGCACAUGAGCGCCAGUUGGCUGAAAUCCAAGCUAACAAUCAACACCUGGAACAGCAAAAAGAUGAAAUUCGUACACGCCUGUCAGAGCUGAAAUUAGGGAAUUCAUCUUCAUCUCAGAUAGAAGAGUUAUUGAUGGAGCUGAAUACCCAAGAAAAAAAUAACAAGUUGACUUUGAAUGCACUGAGGGAACAGGUGAAACUUCUGCAGGCAGCAACAGGGAACAGAAGCAAUCUAGAGUCUGCCACCAAUAGAAAGACAGAUAGCACUGUAAAUAAAAUGGACAAGAACGCCAUCUUCAAGUCUAUGAUGUUUCCAGCAGCUGUUGGGCCCCUCUCUUCCGAGAUACAGAUGCUGUACCUGACUUACUUGCAGAAUGGAGGCAGUGACCAUCACAUCCUCCGUCAGAUGUGUGAACUGCAGCUGGAGGCCACAGCCCUGGAAAAAAAUGGCACAAAGCCUGAACAAAGGGGUAGAAAGAAAAAAUAUGAAGAUAGUCUCAACUCAAAAACUUUGGAUGCAGAACUCUUGUCUGUUGAGUUAGAGAAUCAGUGUCUGGAAGAUGAGAUACUGAAAAUGAAAAUUCUGAAGGAUAGAAGGAGAAUGGAAAAUGGUUCUUUGGACUUAGAGCUGGACAAGUUGCAACAAGUACACAUGGCAGAAAUGGCUCAGCUACAUGCUGAGAUUGGCAGGCUGAGACACAAUACUGAAAGAAGAAAACUUCAGUGGCCUAGAAGGGGAUCACCACCCCUUCUGCCACCCCCUAUAGCACCACCUCUGCCACCUCCUCCUCCUCCUCCUCACUUUGGGUUCCCUGAUCCCACCAUUCUGACUAGAAAUAUGAAUCCCAUGGGAUCAUCUGCUACAGGAACAAAUCAGUACUUUCUGGAUCCCUCUGACACACUAGGACCAGCUCCAUAUGAUCCAGUAUCUGGUUUUGUAAUAUUCUAUGAUUUUCUUUUCGGAUUGGAUCCUAUGUUCUACCAUGUUCGCCUGGUCUCUGGCUUGUAUCGUAAUGGGCAGCAACUAGGGAAGUCCACACCUCUUCCCAUUGUCUCCUCUGAUAUGGGCCACUCUCCACAGUCUCUCAUGGACAGGCAAAGAGCGUGCUGUGCCAUCUUAGCAGCUAGACAGCCAGUCCCAAGAAUCCUUCCUUCAACCUCCAUCAGCCUUAUAGUUGAGCUUCAGGCUUCUGGAGGUUUUGAUGUUUAUGGCCAGGAAAUUCAGAAUUUGGCCCCCAGAGGAUGGGCUAAAAUCAACAUUUUUGACCACCUGCACCAAGUGAUGAGUGGGCAUUGGAAAGUUCCUAUACGACUACUUCCUGUAAAACCAAGUCUUACUGAAGAACAAUUGAAUGGUGUGCCCCAGGUUGGCAAAACUGAGCUUUAUUUGCGGCUGGUGAACACAAGAGAUGCUGAUUUGCAAUCAAUGGCUGAUAUCCAACCUGGCAGUGCUUCCUUAUAUAAAUACCCUCCUACAGCAUCCAGUUCCACAGCGCCUCCUAUCGAUUUUCCUCCAACCCUGCAUUCUUUCCAUCCUGCCCCCACCAACCUGUCCUUUUCUGCUUCUCCUUACACUGGUUUAAUUGACCCUCCUCCUAAUCAGGAACAGUCUGUCCAGCUAAAAACCAAUGAAAGGUGAAAAAGGAGGAUUAGCCGUUUUCUCCCUCCAAGAUU